AGGAUGCAGGUCGUGCGAUGCCUUUUAGAGCCGUAGGACUUUUUAGCACACAUAGCAAGAUAAACUACAACUGAAAUAACCCAUGGUGUUCGACACAGUGCAAAGACUGCAGAGGCACAUUUUGUAAAACGCUCGGAGUUGCUGUGAGCUCUAAAUGGCUCUUCUUGUUUUCCCUGAGCUUUUUAGAAACAAGAGUUUCCGAGGCGCCGUGAAGGCAGCGCACAGCCACAGUCACUCAGUGAGGACAGAAGCUUCAUGAAGGAGUCAUGCUUUGCUCUGUAUUUUAGUUCAUGGUCAUGGCUAAACAGUACGACGUUUUGUUCAGGCUGAUCAUGCUCGGGGACUCGGGGGUUGGGAAGACUUGCAUGUUGCGCAGGUUCACGGACAGUGAGUUUGAUCCUUCACAUAUCUCCACCAUCGGAGUUGAUUUUAAAAUGAAAACACUAGAAAUAGACGGAAUCAAGGUGCGAAUACAGAUAUGGGACACAGCCGGUCAGGAACGGUAUCAGACCAUUACCAAACAGUACUACAGGCGGGCACAGGGUAUCAUCUUCGUAUACGACAUCACAAACAUGCCGUCCUUUCAGCACCUAGCCAAGUGGGCCAGUGAUGUGGAUGAAUCUGCCCCAGGAACUGUGCAGAGGAUCUUGGUAGGAAACAAGUCUGAUGAGGAGCUCAGGAGGCAGGUGACAAAGGACCAAGGGAGCAAGCUCGCAGAAACCUAUGGGAUGGAGUUCUUUGAGACCAGUGCCUCCACCAGCAGUAACAUCAGCGAGUCCUUCACUCGUGUGGCAGAACUGGUGCUGCAGGCUCACAAGAGAGACGUGGACAACUUGUUGGGAUCUCUGGAUGAUUAUCUGGAGAAUGCCGCUUUGGAUGAAGAGAAGGGCAGUCAAGAUGCCAACGACAACACUCAGAAGACCUGCGCUUGUUAGACAGAUGACCAAAACGGUGCCAUGGCUCAUACUGUAGCUAUAUACAUUUGUUCUCCACUGCAACUUGACUCAGCCCUCCUCCACCUUCCUCAGAGACACUGACCUGUUGGCCAGGAGCUCACUUUUUCGUGAAGUUAUGUGGUGGUAAAUGCAGUUAGAAGCAGCAACCAGCAGAGGGACAAUUUUGUUGCUUGAUCAUUGAACUCUCUAGCCAGUGAAGUAUAUCUACAGUGAAUGAUGGUAGCUCUGUAUCCAUUUGCUUUAGCAAGGCUAUUCAAACACAUGCUUUCUUCAUUUUCCCUGGUGAAAUGCACUAUACUUCUAUUUAAUCAGCUUACUGUAUUCCAUCACCUUUUCUUUCUAGUUACUUAAAAGAAAAGUGAUAUGCAUGCUUCACAUUUACAAAUUGAUUGGUAAUGUGUAAAUCCAUAUCAAAGAAAUCUGUUUAUGAAGUUGAAACCAGUAUAUAUCGUACAGCAAGGUAGCCAGAGGACAGAGUUGAAUUAUUUACACCUAGUAACUCAAACCAAGCAAGGCUGGAUUAAUUUACACAAUGGACUUAUUUCCUCAAUGGAGACAGUGUUGUGCCAUGUUCAACGACCUUUCUGAAUGCAGUACAUGUUUAUUUACCAUCCUGAAUGUAUAUGUACGUUUGUUUUAUGAAUGUGAUGUCACUGGUAUUGCCUGCUGUAUGUUUGGCAUUUGAGCAGUGUUACAGCUGCUUAAAAUAAUGUUUUCAGGGUCUACCAAGGUGCCACAGAUAUUUAAUUUUAAUAUAAUGUUUGAAACUCAAGGAAGAUGCAAAAAUCAAGCAAUGUAUAAGUUAAUAAACUGAAAUUGUCAUAUUUAAAAUGAA